CGUGACAGUGCCGUUUCGCGAAGCGCGGUCGUGACGUGAAUCAUGUUUCGGUAAUUCCUGCUAUUCCCUACCGUAUCACGGUUCUUCCUUCGUCCGUCAAAAGGGACAAGUGAGUGCAUAACGAGUAUACUCCGUAUUCGUGCUUACGUAAGGCGGAAUUUAUGGAUCUCUGAGGAAAUUGAAAAAAUAUAUUCGGAUUCUCGAAUUCUCGGUGCUGACCUUUCUUCGGAUCCUCAAAUUUUGGAACGUAGGAUAUCAAAUACCGCGACUCUGCUCCGAUUUUUGCGGCAUUAAUAUCUUUGUCUACCUCAACAAUGGUAUCGCUGGAGGAUAGUUGGAAAGAGGCUACGGAAGGCCUGGACGCCGCAGUCUGCGAUGCCUGGUUCACGCGCCUGCAGGAGGUCUACUCGGAGGAGAAACGCACAUACCACAAUCUGGAUUCGCUCAGGGAGAAGCUAAACCAUUACUAUGAAAUCAAAGGAAAUCUAAAAAAUCCACGUGCCGUCCUGCUCGCCAUAUUCUUUCAAAAUUUCGAGUACGAUCCCAAGGCUCUAGACGGCGAGGAUAAAAAUCUCGAACACUUCAAUGCUUUCGCCGAUGAAGCGGAAAUUCCGUUGGAUGCGGAGCUCAGAGAAGAAACGUGCGCCCUGCUCAAAGUGGCGGCUACUCAUAGCACCGAGGCGCAUAAAGUAGGGGGUGCGUUCGGUGGCGAAGACGCUCACUACUUUCUGGACCUGGACAUGGCGGUGCUCGGCUCCUCUCCGGAUAGUUAUGCCGAGUAUAGGGAGCGAAUACGCGGAGAGUACUCCUUCCUCAGCGAACCCAUGUACACAGCACUGCGACUGAAGGUGUUGCAGAACUUCCUGCAGAUCCCAAACAUCUUCGCCACCAUGGAGUUUCGCGACAAGCUGGAGGAACAGGCGCGCCAGAACAUCCAGGCGGAGGUGGAGCUGCUGUCUUAGAAUUCUCCGUUGUUUUGUUUUCCGAGGGUUUAAAUCGAGAAUGGUUCACGCAGCCUCGAAGAAAAUGCCCAGGAACUGUCUCACCGGGACUCGCUUUCGUCGAACAAAUAAAGACGCGAAGGAUUCUGAUGCCUACCUCACAGAGAGAAAGACAGAAGCAUUUUAACGCCUGUUUCCCAAAUAUGCAGGGCAAAUAUUGAAUAAGAGUCUCUCGUGAUCGAGAGAAGAGUGUUAAAAUCGCUACUUUUUUCGUUUUUCUUCGACGACUAGUCGUCAAUACGUUGAGUUAAAUGUUUUAAUGCGUCGCUUCGUAGUUUUUUCUUUUUUUAUAAAAAUAAAGAACUUUAAUAAAUAUAUAUGUAUACAAAAAUAAAAAAAAUU